GGUCAUACGCUAUUUCCCGGCAAACAUAACGCAACUGCUGUCAAACUGCACAGCAAACCAUUCAAAUGCGUUUUACUAUUUUUAUACCUUUACGUUUUUCGUUUUGCCUUGUUUGAUUAUGGGUGUGGCUUACUUCAAGAUUGCUCGCUGUCUUUGGAUGAAUCCCAUAGAUAAGCUGUCUUCAGGAGAAUCCAGCGGACUGACGGCAGGUGGCGUUGAAGCUCAGCUUGUCCAGAGACGGAAGAUCGCUAAGAUGUUAUUCGCUGUUGUUGUUUGCUUCUUCUGCUGUUUUUCUGUGCACCACAUAAUCUUGAUUUUGCACUUGCAUUUACCAAGAGAAAACUGGAAUGUCAAAGCCAAGAUUACCCUCGUCAUAAUUGGUCACCUUCUGGUUUAUGUCAAUAGUGCUCUCAACCCUAUAAUAUACAACUUUAUGAGUGAGAAAUUUAGAAUGUCAUUUCUUCAAACGUGUAAAUGUUGCAUCAGAAGAGGGAGUUCUCCGUCUGAACAAAUUAAAUUGAGGUCAUCAAAAAAUAGUCAGAGCUAUCAGGAUGAGACUAAAGUUUCUGAAAUAUGAUAACUGACGGAAAGAAUGUCCUUCAAUCGUCCAAAGAUAUCCAAAUGAUGACCGCGUGCAUAACGCGAUCAAAUGACUCGAGAUAAAAACUAGUGACAAAAUGACGGAAUCUGAGAACACCUAAGAUGCAUCGUUUGUGAAGGGAUGUUCGUUUCCGGAUUCAGAAAGAAAAAAAACUAGUUCGUUUUAAUGCACACUCUGGACUACAUAUGAAAAUUCAGCUUGAUUCGAAAGUUUGUUUGAACCAAGUGUCCUCUAGGAAGACCCUUGUGCUAACAGCUCGGGUGUUCUUCAUACUCAUAUAUGAUGUUCUAGUUCAUGUGCUGCACGCUAAGCAUGUCCUUCUCAAAAACAAACAAAAAAAAAUGUUCUCUUACUGGAAUUAAGAGCUCGUCAUUCAUUUGUUCCAUCGCUAUUAUCAUACUUUAACCCACUUCAUUCAUAAAAGGGCAUAUUCAAUCUUUUGGUCACACCAGUUCGCUGUCCUUUUGUUCAGUACACUGGCGUUACAUUUGUUUCGUACGAUCCUUGUGCAGUGAAGUAAAACUUGAAAUAGUGUCCCUUUGUUCUGUCUACGUGUACGAGAGCUUCAGUAGAUGUUCAAACGACACACUCUGCAUACAUGAACCAUACUCCUUACAGCGCAUGCGUCGGUCUCCACCUUUUCUUUACUUGACUGCCACCACUAAUAAAUUUAUGUGCAGAAAUCUUGAACAACGCCGAGCUCAUUGAGGUCACGGUGAUUGAGGCAUGAAAUAAUGUCAGAAAACACAAACAAUAUGUCUCAACCUUUGACUCCAUGUAAGACCGGCCCCGAUAGCACAAUCGGUAGAGCGUCCGCUUCGGGAGCCGUGGAUCCAUGA